UCGACUUUCGCUCAUUUUCACUGUGCAUAUUCUCGAGAUUCUCGUCACCACGGCCCCAACGACCAUACAACGAGGACGACACUCAUUGAAGACUAUUGUUAUAGGAUUGGGAAAGCAUUGAUUGCUUAGGAGCGUUGAAAGAGAGAAUAACUUCAAACCGCCAACACCUCAUCCUUUGAAUCGAUCACCAUAUCCAAAAUGCAGUUCACCACCUUGUCUGUGGCCCUCUUCGCGGCCUUGGCCACCGCUCACCAGCAUGCGGCUCAACACUUCCACCCUCGCCGUCAAGGGAACUCUUCGACCACUGAUGCUGGUGCUCAAACAACGUUGACUGUCUAUGCCGAGGUCACCCACACAAUUACAAGCUGUGCGGCCACCAUCACAAACUGCCCAGCAGGCCAUUCAGAGGCCACAAAUGUGAUGGUGGUCACAGAUACCAUUACAGUGGAUACGACCGUCUGCCCUGUUACCGAAGCCGCGUCCGCAAGCUCAGCAAUCUUGGCAUCAUACACAAGUGCCUCGGGUUCAGCACCUCUAUCUUCACCAAGCACUUCUUCCACAAACGGAGUGGCAGGUGUCGUAACAACUCCUUCUUCUAACGCCACCGUACCAACGUCGCUAGGCACAGGAGUUGGUGUCGCUUCCACGCCUACAGCUUCUGCUUUGAACGGCACUGUCCUCACAUCUUCAGCCACGGAAAUCCCUGUGACUUUGACUUACACGCUUGGAUCCGGCACAUCCACCACCGUUGUUACAACCACCAUCGCAAAGACUCAAACCGCCACUGUCUACGCCACCCCGGCCGCUUCUGGCAGUGAGUCCUCUGGUACGUCUGGAGAAGGUGGGAACAAUAACAAUGCGGUUUCGCCCACUGACAGCACCACCACGUUGACCCAGUUCUCAACGUCCACCAAAUACAUCACUGUCUCCCAAGUCGCCACUGGAUAUCCGGCCGGAUCUACUGAAGCAAAUUCUGGAGACGUAGCAGGUAGCUCUGGAGCAGUUUGCGCUCCAGUUACAGUUACAGUCACCCAAGCUGCGCUGACCAUUACUACCGAGACGGCUUCACCGGUCGCCGCAACUCAGAACUCAGGUGCUGCCGCCUCCGGUGCCAACGUGAACGUAGUUGCUUCCCCCUCAAACCCCGGCCCUGUCGUGGUUCUUUCUACUGCCACUGUUGUUCCCGUCCCAAUGUCCACUGGAUCCCCAUACGGUAAUGGAACCCAGACAGUUACCAAGAAGAAGUGCAGCAGCAUCUUCCCAUCCUCAGGAUUCAUUUCCAAGGCGAAAAUGACUGGUACUGCGCCGAUUACGAAGGCUACUGAUAGCUACUAAACCCUUCGUUUGCCAUGAUUGGGGAAACGGGGGACGACGAGUGGGGAGAUGGAACAAAACAAAUCUUUGCCUUCUUCUUGUUCCUUUAGACUUUUUUGGUGCCUUACCUUUGGCAUUUU